AUGGCUGCUCAAACAACCGCCUCCGAUGGCUUCACGCCCAUUCUCAAGGCUUUGGCCACCAUGCAGAGUAAUGUGGCCGGGAAAGACAAGGCCGAUGCCCACAGUUUCCUGGAAAAGUUCCAAAAAUCAGUUCGUCACACCAAUUCUCUCCCUCAACCAGACCUAACUGCUACGCAGUCCGAAGCUUGGAAUGCUACUCAUGCCAUCCUGCAAGACUCUAAAUCCCCAGUUGAAGCGCGACUCUUUGCCGCCACCACUCUCAAAGGAAAAAUAACAUACGAUCUUCACCAACUCCCCAGUGAUGCUUUACAGCCACUUCGCGACUCACUCCUCGCAUUACUCCAAACCUACAUUUCAGGCCCAAGGCCGAUCCGGACUCAACUAUCUGUCUGUCUGGCAAGUCUGGCUAUUCAAUUGACAUCUUGGAAAGAUGUCGUGGGAACCGUGGGAGCCACCGUUGGUAGUAGUUUUGAUGGCGGAGAUUGUCUACUCGACUUCCUGCGAAUCCUACCAGAAGAGGUCACUGAAGGCCGCAAAAUCAACGUCUCUGAAGAGGAACUCGCCGACAGAACGAAGGAACUGCUCGAAGACAACGCUUCUCAGGUUCUCCAACUCUUGAUUUCAUACGCACAGUCGUCCACUCGCGCCGCCCAUAACCCUCACCUGUACUCCUGUCUUGCUUCAUGGCUCCGAGAAAUCCCGGCCCUUGAUGUCGUCAAUUCGCCUUUACUCAAAGAGAUCACCUCCGCAUUACAAGAUCAGGAUUCGUUCGAAGCCGCUGUGGACUGCAUGUGUACCAUGUUUCGGGAUACACGAGACGUCGAUGAAUCGCUAAGUGUCAUUCAAAAGCUCUACCCUGAAAUUAUUCGUCUGAGACCCUUCAUCCAAGAGGCCGCUGUCACUGAGGACAAUGAUCUGAUGAAAGGCAUCACCAGACUCUUUACAGAAGCCGGAGAAGCCUGGAUUGUCCUCAUCGCUCGCCAGCCGGCACAGUUCCGAGAACUCGCUGAAUGUGUACUGGAAUGUUGUGUGCGUGACCAGGACCGCGAGGCAAUUUCUAUCACCUUCAUUUUCUGGUAUGAGUUGAAGCAGAUACUGACUCUCGAGAAAUAUGCAUCUGCUCGAGCACAGCUAGUGGAUCUAUAUUCUCAGUUGGUUGAUGUCAUGAUCAAACACCUGGAAUUCCCUACCCCGCAGAACGGCAACGAGAAAGAUCUUUUCGACGGCGAUCGUGAGCAGGAAGAUAAAUUCCGUUCUUUCCGACACAACAUGGGCGAUGUCCUGAAAGAUGCAUGUGAGGUUGUUGGCGUUUCAGAGUGCCUGAAUAAAGCCUAUAUUCUCAUUCAAAAGUGGGGUCAAGCUUACGCCUCCCAAGUUGCUGAGCCAUUUGUUCCACAUUGGCAAGAGCUCGAGGCGCCCCUUUUCAGCUUGCGAGCAAUGGGUCGUAUGGUCAGUCCGGAAGAGGCUAACAUCUUACCUCAAGUGAUCCCACUUUUAACUACGGUUCCGAAUCAUGAGAAGUUGACGUUCCAGGCAAUCAUGGCGUUGGCGCGAUAUACCGAAUGGACUUCUCAGCAUCCAGAAACUCUGGAAGCACAGCUAACCUAUGUCAUUUCCGGCUUCAAUCACACUGCUUUGGAGGUUAUACAGGCUUCCGCAUUGGCAUUCAGAUUCCUGGGAACUGAUUGCGCAAAACUUCUUGGAGAUCACAUCCCUCAGCUACACCAAUUCUAUGAGGGCGUCAUAGAUAAACUCAAGCCCUCUAGCCAAGAGGAGGUCACCGAGGGAGUUGCGGCUGUCGUUGCGGUUCAACCAGUCGGAAAAACAUAUGCCACCUUGAAAGUCUUUUGUGAUCCAGUCAUGGCUAGAAUCGUCUCUCUUGCUCAGCAAGCAAAGGAUGAGGAUUCCGAAAAGGUUGUGGCUGAUUAUCUGGGCCUUCUCACCAUUUUCUUCGACUUCGUUCAGCCUUAUGUUUCACCUGGUCAAGAGAAUCCCGCUGUGAAAUACUGCCAAGAGAUACUGCCAGCUCUCUCUGGUAUUGCGAAGCACUUUACGCGUUCAAUACCCAUACUAGAGCGCAUAUGCAAGUGCUGGCGAACCAUGGUGAUCUCCUACCGGACGGCUACGGCUCCUUUGUUGCCAACUCUUGCAAGCAGCCUUGCUGAGGGAUUUGAAGCUUCUCACCAAGGAGGCUUCUUGUGGGCCACUGAUGCAGUCAUUCGAGAAUUCUCUUAUGGAGCGGAGUUUGUUGACGACGAGACCAGCGAAAAUGUUUUCCGAUUCUUUGCACAGCAAGCAACUGCAUUCUUCCGGAUUCUCACCGAUCUACAACCAGUUGAACUUCCAGACGUCAUUGAGGACUUCUUCAGGUUGGCAUCUGACGCUGUGAGAUUUUAUCCUGCAAAGACAAUCAUGUCAAACUUUGCCGAACCAAUGGUCCAGGCGUCUUUAACUGCUCUUACUUUACAGUCUUUGGAACCUAUUCAGGCUGCUCUACAUUUCUUGAGAGAUUUCCUUGACUUUGGAUUCGACAACCCUCCAGUGUCGAAUUUUGCAGGUCCAAAUGGUGAACCCGCACGGGACAACCCACCAGAAGUUCGUGCUGCUGUCAGACAGGUCCUCAACACGACAGGUCAACAACUCGUGCAUAGAGUUUUGACCGGCAUGAUGUUUAGCUUCCCUGAAGACGUUUUUGCCGACUCUUCUGGUGUGUUACUUUCAUUGUUUAAUCUAGUUCCUCAGGCUGCAGCACAAUGGGUUCAAGGGACGCUUCAGCUACUGCCUGCAGGCACGUUGAAGCCAGCAGAAGCAAACAAACUUAUGAAAGGUAUCAGUGAUAAAUUGCAGCAGAAUGAGGCACGCAAGGUACGAGUCUUACUCCAAGACUUCACUAAUUCGUAUAGAAGAAGGAACGUUGCGCCUCGGGAAGGUUUGGGCCGUUUGGAAGCGACAAGAUUCAGAUUUAGUGGAUGA